UUUCAGUCGGGCGCUGAGUGGUUUUUCGGAACAUGUCUGGUGGCUCCGCGGAUUAUAACAGAGAACAUGGCGGCCCAGAGGGAAUGGACCCCGAUGGUGUCAUCAAGAGCAACUGGAAUGAAAUUGUUGAUAACUUUGACGAUAUGAAUUUAAAGGAGUCUCUUCUUCGGGGCAUCUAUGCUUAUGGUUUUGAGAAGCCUUCAGCUAUUCAGCAGAGAGCUAUUAUUCCUUGUAUUAAGAUCCAAAAGGUAAUUCUGGCACUUGGAGACUACAUGGGAGCAACUUGUCAUGCCUGCAUUGGUGGAACCAAUGUUAGAAAUGAAAUGCAAAAACUGCAGGCUGAAGCACCACAUAUUGGUGUUGGCACACCAGGGAGAGUGUUUGAUAUGUUAAACAGAAGAUAUCUUUCUCCAAAAUGGAUCAAAAUGUUUGUUUUGGAUGAAGCAGAUGAAAUGUUGAGCCUAGGGUUUAAGGAUCAAAUCUAUGAGAUUUUCCAAAAAUUAAAUACAAGUACUCAGGUGGUGUUGCUUUCUGCCACAAUGCCAACUUAUGUAUUGGAAGUGACCAAAAAAUUCAUGAGAGAUCCAAUUCUAAUUCUGGUGAAAAAAGAACUGACUCUUGAAGGAAUCAAACAGUUUUACAUUAACGUUGAAAGACAGGAGUGGAAAUUGGAUACACUUUGUGACUUGUACGAGACACUGACGAUCACACAGGCUGUUAUUUUUCUCAAUACAAGGCGCAAGGUGGACUGGCUCACUGAGAAAAUGCAUGACAUGGACUUCACAGUUUCUGCUCUGCAUGGUGACAUGGACCAGAAGGAAAGAGAUGUUAUCAUGAGAGAAUUUCGAUCAGGGUCAAGCCGUGUUCUGAUCACUACUGACUUGUUGGCUCGUGGGAUUGAUGUGCAACAAGUGUCAUUGGUUAUAAACUAUGAUCUACCUACCAAUCGCGAAAAUUAUAUCCACAGAAUUGGCAGAGGGGGUCGAUUUGGGAGGAAAGGUGUGGCUAUAAACUUUGUUACUGAAGAAGACAAGAGGAUUCUUCGUGACAUUGAGACUUUCUACAAUACUACAGUGGAGGAAAUGCCUGUGAAUGUGGCUGACCUUAUUUAAUUCCUGGGAUGAGAU